UUUCUAUUUGCACACACGCACAAGUCUACUGACACACUCGAAGGCAUCCCCGGAGCAGGGAUUGGACGAGAGACAGAGAGAGGGAGAGCACUUCUUUCCCACCCUACUAGCCUACCAGUAGUCCUGUCAGAGUGAGCUAUGAGAGCAGAGCGGCGAAGAUGACGGGACACUUGGACUCCUAGACCGCCUCAUAGCCUACAGACUGCACCUCUCCGGUCCACUUUUCUCACACAACCGCUUUUCAUUUCAUCACCGUGGACCGGGAAUGGAUUCUAGGCUGCUGAUUGGGCCUGGGAUGCCUACACCGGACCCGACCGCCCGGGGACCCUGGAACAUCAGCUCUGUCAGUCCGCACCGGCUCAUGGAGCUGUCUCCAGUCGCUACAACUGGUUCCAUGGUUCCAAGCCACCCGUUUCCAACGGUAGACGUCCCAGACCACGCUCACUAUACAAUCGGUGUUGUCAUCCUGGCCGUGGGCAUCACAGGCAUGCUGGGAAACUUCCUGGUCAUAUAUGCUUUCUGCAGGAGCCGGAGCUUGCGGACACCAUCCAACAUUUUCAUCAUUAACCUGGCAGUCACAGACCUCCUCAUGUGUCUUACUCAGACACCCAUCUUCUUCAUCACCAGCAUGCACAAGCGAUGGAUCUUUGGAAAGAAAGGUUGUGAGUUAUAUGCCUUCUGCGGAGCUCUGUUUGGUAUCUGCAGUAUGAUAACACUAACGGUGAUUGCGGUGGACCGGUACAUGGUGAUCACCAGGCCUCUGGCCUCCUUGGGGAUGAUGUCUCGCAGGAAAGCCCUGAGCAUCGUGGCUGCUGCCUGGGUCUACUCCAUGGGCUGGAGCUUGCCCCCCUUCUUUGGCUGGAGUGCCUAUGUCCCAGAGGGUCUAAUGACAUCUUGUUCCUGGGACUACAUGACGUUUACCCCUUCUGUGCGCUCCUACACCAUGCUGCUCUUUACCUUCGUCUUCUUCAUCCCUCUCUUCAUCAUCAUCUUCAGCUACUGCUGCAUCUUCAGAGCCAUCCGACACACAACGCGAGCCAUAGCAAAGAUCAAGUGUGAGGGAACCAAAGACUCUGCAAAGAGGUUCCAUAAGAUGAAGAGUGAAUGGAAGAUGGCCAAGAUCGCACUCAUCGUCAUCCUGCUAUAUGUCAUCUCCUGGGCCCCGUACUCCUGUGUGGCCCUCACUGCAUUCGCUGGGUACGCUGACAAGUUGACUCCAUAUAUGAACUCUGUUCCUGCUGUGAUCGCCAAAGCAUCUGCUAUCUACAACCCCAUCAUAUAUGCCAUAACACACCCCAAAUACAGGUCAGCACUCAGCAAGUAUAUUCCCUUCCUCAGGGUAUUGCUGUGUGUUACUGGCAGAGACCGUUACAGCAGCAGCAGUUUCCUGUCCACCCACCGAUCAACCCUCACCAGUCAAUCAGAAAGCAAAUGUGCCAGCAAGCCCUGCAACAACUCCCUGUCCGAGAGCGAAUCAGCCCGCUUCUCAGACACAGAGGAGGACUGCUCGUCUCGGACGCUUGUCAGUCAUCAGUUGUCCACAGUUGUCAAACAGGCCAGCCAGAGGUCAAAGACUUAAUCCACAGCUUGCAUCAUGUGACCCCAUGUUUUCAACGUACUGCACAUGUUGGCAGACGAAGACGGCUGAUUGUCUAGGAGUCUCUGACCAUGACAUGAUCAGACCGGAUGCCAGCGGCGAAGACAGAAACCAUCUGGAGGCCAGUGAAGAAGGCGGAUCCCCUCUAGAGGCCGGUAACGUGGCCUGAGAUCAGGACCGGGGUCUAAUGACUGUAGAUCUGAACCGAAGGCGGGCAGCAGGACUGGAGGCAGGUGAUUGCUGCAGCACAGCAGAAUGUUCCAGAGACAGCAGCAGCUCAGAAGGUUGUUCAGGAGACUGCCGCAGCUCAGAAAGUCCAGGAGGUUAUUGUUGUUCAGGGCCUGGUGAUUCUAGCAGCUCAGACACAGGCAACUGCUGCAGCAGUCCAGGAGGUUCAGGAAGCUGCAGCAGCUCAGGGGAUUCAGAAGUGUGCUGCAGCACCGGAACAGAUGACAACUGCAGCUUGGCAACAGGAGACUGCAGAGGUCAACAGGAUCUGAAGACUGCUGCGGUCAGCCUCCCCUGCUCCACAGGAACAGGGGAUUACAGCAGCUCAGGGGCUGGAUUCAGCUGCAUCUCCGCAGGGCAGGAGUGUGUUGCAGCUCAGGAGAUUCAGGAGUCUGCUGCAGCACAGAGUUCAGGAGGCUGCAGCCCAACCAGAGCAGGUUCAGGCAGCUGUGGUGCAGGAACUGGCGACCGGGAGAUCAGGUGCAGGAGUUGGUCAGACCAUAGAUUGGAGACCAGGCAGGACUGAUGAUGAGGCACUGGCCAGCUGAGUCUCUGAGGUGCUGGGCAGCUUACUCUCUGGAUCGCUGGGCAGCUUUGAGGCAUGACAUCUGUGGAAGCCACAUUUCCUCCUGGAAGGCUUCCCAGAAGGUAGCUCCAGGCUGUGAAAAAACUGAGGCGUAGGCAGGGGUGCAGGCUUGAGGCUAGCAGGCCAAAAACCAAGCUGAUGGCUGUGAGGACCUCCAAAAGCCAGGCUGGGGCCAGCUCAAGACAGGCAGGUGGCUGGCUAGCCGACUCAGAACAGGCAGGUUGCAGGCUCAUGAUCAUGAGCCUAAUAGACCAGGGUGCAGACUAGAGGCUAGCAGGCUGAUGAACAGGCUGAGAUGCAGCCAGGUUGCUAGUGGGCUAGAUGCUAGCAGGCCAAGGUGCAGGCAGAAAUGAAGGCUGAAGGCUAGCAUGCUCAGGACUAGCAUGCUGAUGGCUAACUGGCUGGGAAGCAGACUGGAAAUCAGCCAAGUCCUAGAGUACCCCUCCCUGUGUGCCAUAUUCAGACCUGCCUGUCGCUGCUCAUUACUAGGGCCAUUUCUCCAAGUGUCUUUGAUCCAUAUCACAUGAAUCAGCUCACAAAGUUCAUCCAAAUAGCCUGCUGGGUCCAUAGCUUGGUCAGAUCGUACUGUUGUGAGAUGUGUCAAGCAGGGUAGCAGGAGAAACCAGGGAUAGGACCCAAACACAGACACUAAGGCUGAGCAGGUGCAAUUAAAUUAAUUUAAUGGUAAGAGAGACUUACACUGAAAACAGGCAGGCAAUGGUCAAAACCAGGGAAAUCAGUCCAACAAGGCAACCAAAUCCGACAGGGAGCAGGUGAAGUACAUAAUCGAAAAUUCAGACAGGGUCCAAUAAAAAACACAGAAUAACUCCAACAGAACUCACGGGUAAGAAAAGGCUGGGACGCUUGACACAGGGACAAUGACGAUCUGACAAAGAACAAAGGAAGCACACAGACUUAAAUACACUCAGGUGAGGGAGACAACAAGACACAGGAGAAAACAAUCAAACUGGCGGGAAAGGCAACCAAAGACAGGAAGCAACACUACCCGACACAUGAGAGAAGGAGUCUUUCAAAAUAAAACAGGAAAUAACAUACAUAAAGCCUCAAACCAUGACACAAUCUCUGCACAGAGCAGAGGAUAUACACUUUUACUUUUGUCUAUAAUCAGUGUUUACCAACUUCAACUCUAAGCAAUGUCAUUUUCAACCAGUGACGUAAAAGAAGACAUGUGCGAAAAUGUACUUUUACCAACAUAUUUCACUUUGUGAUUAGUAUAACCUUUACUUUGCCAUAUUUUCAUUUUUUGUCCGUUUGGUCUUGUAACUGAUUUUUGUGACAAAAUAGUUUUUUAUUACAGUAUUGCCUAUUUUAUUUCUUUACAGAAACUCAUUUUUGGAAUUCUAGGGUAACUCUGAAGUACUUUUAAUACCUGAUACUUUUAGACUUAAAGGAAUAGUUUAACAUUUAAAUUCGCUCAUAAUCUUUCUUGCAGUGAGUCACUCAAACCAUGAGAUUUUAGGUGCCCCCAUUUUCAGUGCUAAUGCUAAUCACAUUGCUAUUGGCACAUGUGAUUGUUACUGGCAUAAGCUGGGAACUAUGGGGAGGAAAUAACAUGACUUUUCAAGAGAGACGCUCCUCUAUCUGAAAGGUCCAUGUUCAAAUCCCAAUUUGAAAUCGCUCUGUAUUUAGUAAGACUGUGAUGUAGAGGUUCAAAUAGUACAAAAGAUCUUUUGAUUAUAGGCUAACUAACACUAAAUGGCUGUGUUUCUGUGCGUACUGUUCAGACUCUGACAGAGCCUGAAGACAUCUCCAUGUCGGACAUCAAUCUGCAGCCAACCAGUCAUCUGCCUGCUACUGUAAGAUCCCACUGAUCAUCCACCUCUUGCUCUGUGCAGUAGAUGUGGCAUCUGUUUUGUAUCACAAAAAUCAACAAAUCCCAUGAAAAAAUUAAAUCAACAAAUGUAUCCUAACAAAUAUGGCCUGUGUAGAAAAGGGCUGAUUUAGUUUAUAAUAAAUAUAUAAAUAAUUUUAUUCUGUGCAAUAGAACUCCAUUGUUGUCCAAACACUAGUGCAACCUCCUUACUUCAUUACAGUGAACAGCCAUAUGUUUAUUUCUCUUAGCUCAUUGUAAUUGUAUCAGUACCAUAAAGUAACAUUUUUCAAUAUCAUUAUUUUUGUUAGUGUGUGUAUUCUGUCUCUUUAUUGUGGUGUAGUCCAGUUAUUUAAUGUACCUGUAGUGCAGGAUGUCAUGAUUUUCACAAUCAAUACUGCUGAUUGGCCUUUUUUUCAUGAUGCUUGUUACAGUAAUGCACUUAGUAUAAGUACCUAAAAUUCACUGUUGUAGCUUCACUGUUAAAUUUACACUAUAUACAAACUAUCUUAUGGUAAUGUAUUGCUGCCCACCAUGACAAAAAAAUGCCCACUUUUUUUUAUUUCAAGAUAUGUUUUAUGAUAUGACGACACAUUUUCUUGUUAUGACCACAUACCAAAAUAUUCAAUUUUAACAAACUUUUCUCAUAAUCAUUAUGUGUGGAUUUGGUGUCAGAUACAGUCAGUAACAACACACCAAGUGUUUCCAUGAGAUACACCUGUAUGUCGUUUUAACAAGAACCAUUUCUUGUUUUUGUGAGUUGUUUUUGUGUAAUAACGAGAAAGUUUCAUGAUAUAAGAAGAUGAAGUAAUAUGUUGUUAUAACAAGAAACGUUAAUCUGUUAAAAGAGAAUCAUUUGAUAGUCACAGAGAAAAAAACAUGAACAAUAUCGAUAGAACAUUUAAAUAUUUUCUUUUUAUCACAAGAAACUAAUGUUAAAUUAAUUGUGUUUUAGAUGAAGAAAGGUAGUUGUGAUUACAUUAUGCUGACGUUAUGGUCACCUGAUCAAACAAAAAGAUGUGUUUUAGAUGAAAUCAUCAUUUGUGAUGUACGUUGUGCAAAAGGGAGUAACAUAUGCAACACACAACUACUGUUAUUUUCGUGGAUUGAAAAGUGUUGUCCUUGUUAUUAGUUUAUGGAGUUCUUGUCACAUUGUAAUGAAGGCAUAUGUGACUCAAUGCAACAUUAUUGAAUAUUUUAUUAAUAUUUUUUGGACAGCAGUGGAGUUCAAUGGAGUAAAAGCUACGUCAGGGUUUGUCUACACAGAAGUCAAUAAGAUAAAUUUCUUGUUUGUUUUGGUCUUUUCAAGGGAUUUUUAUAAUAAAAAGCUGCAUCAGCCUUAACCUUUCCCAUCUGUUCUGCCCAGGUGUUUUGUUAUUUGUGUUUUAGGGCUAUUUAAAGGGGCAUGUCACCCAUUCUACAACACUGCUCAAUGAUUCUACCACAUUUAAAAUAGCUCAACAAAAAUAACUCUGAACUAUGACUAUGAACAAGCUGUUUUAAAAGUGUAAUGUGAAAUGGUUGGCAUAUCUGUUUAGUACUUCAUUUUUUUCCCUUGCCAAUUCUAGUCAAUACAAUCAACCAUGCUUUUCA